CUUCCUUAAUUUCUGCUUCCACGCAUUAAUAAUGAGAUCGACCAGCUUAUGAACCAGAUGCAGCAGAUCGAGACACAACAGAGGAAGUUCAAAGCCUCCAGAGACAGCAUCCUGUCAGAGAUGAAGAUGCUAAAGGAGAAAAGGCAGCAGUCCGAGAAGACGUUCAUGCCUAAGGUAAUGCUGAUGACCUCACAGUAUUGUAAUUUCUACUUGUUCAUAAGCUCAGAGGUAAAUGGUGCGAAGGACUGAAAGCUCUGGACAUUCUUCUACUCUUUAAAAUAAUCUGCUUUUCUCACCAUUUUUCUCUUUUCUCGUUCUAGCAACGCAGUCUCCAAAGUCUGGAGGCCAGCCUUCACGCCAUGGAGUCCACCAGAGAGUCACUGAAGGCCGAGCUGGGAACAGACCUGCUCUCUCAGCUCAGCCUGGAGGAUCAGAGGCGUGUUGAUGACCUCAAUGAUGAGAUCCGACAACUCCAGCAGGUCAGCAGGAUCUUUGGACACAGACGUACUUUCUGUGUCUGUUCUCACAAUCGAAUAAUUAAGCCAUAAUCCAAGGUGCUGCAGUUAGACAUACUGAUGAUUCGUGGUUGGUGCAAUUCAUUAAUGUGUCGAUGCAUUGCGAUGCUUCUCGUGACAAUUUGGCAUCCAUUAAUUAAUGCAGAUGCUUAAAAUAAAUAAAUCAUAACGUCAGUGUUUUGCGGCAAGGCCAUAACAAAAUAAAAAGACGUAACUGGAACCUUAAUGCGGAAAAGAAAUGGAUUUUGUGAGAGAUUAAACGAGACAACUGACGAGUACUACGCAAUUUGCAAGGCAAAAAUAGAGUACCUUGGCAACACCACAAACAUGAGGCAGCACCUUGAACGCUUUCAUCCCGAAACGGAGACGGCUGUUCCGGUCGUGCCUCUACACAGAGGACCAUCAAGGAGACUGUCUCCAAACUUCCCAGUUUAAGUUAAGUAGGUCAAAGUGUAAAUGUUUACAUAACAGUCUUACAAUCAUAAAAUAUUUUGAAAAAUACAAGUCGAAUGUUCAAAAAACCUGAUUUACUCAUGUGUAGUGUAGUGUUGAGUGUAGUUUUAGAGGAACUGAGUUCAUUGAUAGGCUAUUUAAUUGUAGCCACAGAUGAGGACAAAAUCAAUCUUGUCUGGAAAAAAAACAUUAAAAAAUGGCAAUAACCAAAGAAUUGUUAAUCAUCGAACCAAUCAUCGAAUCGACAAUCAUUAUUAUUGAAGCUCCCAGAAUCGAAUCGAAUCGAAUCGAGAGGUACCCUUGUUGGAACACCCCUACUAAUGAGUAGUACUGAUCUUCAGGAUUGUCCUUCCAUUCAUUACACUGCUGCAUGCACAGUCACUCACUAUAUCUAUAUCAUCAUUGGGCAGCCAAAAUAACGCCUCUUUUUUAUGUCAGUCACACUCUGGUGUCACACAUCAGUGAUUGUGUACUGUUUAUUGUUUGCUUCACAUGACUGUGCUCCGGUCGGUCUCAACUGUAUAAAGCCAUGAGUUGAGAUGAGACCUUAACUGUUUCAUGUAACACGACUUCUUGGAAGUGGAAGUUAGUCUUGAAAUAGUCCAUGUACAGUACAGGCCAAAAGUUUGGACACACCUUCUCAUUCAAUGUCUUUUCUUUAUUUUUCUAUAUGACUAUUUACACUGUAGAUAAUCACUGAAGGCAUCAAAAAUAUGAAUGAACACGUAGAAUUUUGUACUUAUAAAAAAAGUGUGAAAUAACUAGAAACAUGUUUUAUAUUCUAGUUUCUUAAAAAUAGCCACCCUUUGCUCUUGAUGACAGAAGUACUUCGUGACUGUCAGUCACGAAGUAACCCUGACAAGGCACACCUGUGAAGUAAAAACCAUUUCAGGUGACUACCUCAUGAAGCUCAUUGAGAGAACAGCAAAAGUUUGCAGCGCUAUCAAAAAAGCAAAGGGUGGCUACUUUGAGGAAUCGAAAAUAUAAAACAUGUUUUCAGUUAUUUCACACUUUUUUCUUACGCACAUGAUUCCACAUGUGUUCAUUCAUAGUUUGAUGCCUUCACUGAGAAUCUAUGAUUUAAAUUGUAAUGAGAAUAAAGAAAAUGCAUUGAAUGAGAAGGUGUGUCCAAACUUUUGGCCUGUACUGUAGAUAAAGGGUGAAGACGGCCUGUAACUCUCUCUUUCUCAUUGUAUGUAUCUCAGGAUAUCCAUGCCUGAAUAUGGGACCCUGUUUGUUUAAUACUGAUGCUAACGCUUGUGUUGGAGUCAUCUGUUUUUGAAUCAACAGUGGUCCGACUUCAUUACUACUGUUAUUUAUUCGCAGUGCUGUAAUUGCAAUGUAUGAUAGGACUGAAGCCUCCAGCUAGCAGCACAGUAAACAAUGUGGUGCUAUUAAAGUAAGCGACAAUGUGGAUUAGUGCUUUGUUUCAGCGUUGUUCCAUACUGCAUAAGGAGCUCUGAUGUCACCAAAGCUGCAGGACCACAUGAAGAAAAUCAGUGACAUUGAACUGAAAUAAUAGCAUAAUUACUUUCCUCUUUGCAUGCUACUUGGAGCAAUCAGCUACAGUUCACUCUCUCUCUGUCUCUGUAACUCUCUCUCUCUAUCUCUCUCUCUGUUUUCUUCCUACUCUAGAUUCUGUUAAAACAUAUAUAAUUACUCUGUUUCAUGGACCGUAUCACUUGUAUGUGUGACUGAAAAUAAUCAACUUUUAAUUCUGAAAGCUGGAAGAAGUUUUCAUUUUCUGUUGAUUUUGGCAGCCACUAUGGACAAAAGCGGUAGUGUUUUAGCCCUUACUGCCUGAAGACACUUAUCUGGCUCGCAUGUCAGGGCUUCAGAAACUAACUUUUUUGUGAGCAGUUUGAGGCAACUUGCUUUGUAAAUGUAUUUAAAAAUGGGAAGUGAGUCAGCUCACCGCGACGUGUGAGACAGACAUGGAGCAGCAGGACUACUGAGCUUAGUAACACAGAGCUGCUCUGCCUGUCUGCCUCUGGUGUGGAGGAGCUUCUCACCCCGUGGUUGCAUCUCUAGCAUGACACAGUGUCUGCAGGAGUCUCCUGCUGCAGAACGUUGUCAACAUUUGUGUAGUGACAGUAAUAUGCACGUUCUCAGUGCAAAAUGAAGAGAAAAAAUGCAUGUGUCGUCUCCGGUCUGAGUGCCGUAAAUCGAUUUGUUCUUGGUCGUGACCUGACCACUGGUUCCCGUUUUCCUCGUUUUCCCUCUUUAGAAUUAGCUUAUCUUCACACAGAUGGGCUCAUUCGCUGUUGCAGGUGACAGGGAGACAUCAGCAGAAACCAGAGAUUUUUUAAAUCUAGUUAAAAGUUUCUUAGAGGAAGUUUAGGUUCAAAGCAAAACUAUCUGUCAUAUACUGCAGUAACUAUAUGGCUACGUUCAUACUGCAGGCUAUGAUGCACAAGUCGGAUUUUUUGUUAAAUUCGAUCUGCGUUUGGAAGCAAACAUUGCUUUCCACGCCUGUUUGUGUUGUCGCACAAUGGUGACGUUUGACAUAUGUUGAUGACGUAUAGGUCGGAUGAAUGCGACCUGAGCGUCCACACUGCAGUCACAUCGGAUACAUAUCCAAUUUAUAUCCACAUACAAAAAGAGUCCUGGGUCGUAUUUGAAAAAAUCAGAAUUGCACUGUUCACACUUGCAUGAAAAAAUCAGAUAUGUGUCACAUAUGGUUUAAAAAUCCGAAUUGACCUGCAGUGUGAACACAGCAUUUCAGUGUCUGUAUAUGACAGAUGGAAGGUGAGGGGAUUUCCCUGCUCUUCUGUCUGGUGCCAAUCACACCCCUAAUGAAUCUUCUGGGGGAGAAGAUUCAGUGUUAAUCGAGUGUCUGUGAGGUCGUACACAUUUUUGUAGUGAAUCUAAAUGUGUUUAGAAGAGGAACAAGAAUAAAUCCACAGUAUAACAAAAGUGCCUUGGGGCUUUUACCCCGUGGCCCUAAUUAAAUAUGAUGUCAAAUAUGAUACACUGAUACACUACCCCCACUCUCUUGCCACUCCAUGAGCUACGCUGUUACAUUCACGUUACAUUACCCGUGCAACUCGCUAUACAGACCGUGUAUAAGCUUAAACGUUACCCUUCACAUCAGUGGAAGAGGGUCCGGCAGGAUUUGAUGCACUCGUUGAUAACUCAAAACAAGUCGGAAAUAACGUUAUGUGUUGUUGUGCUCACACAGUGUGAGUAGAAUCAUUAGUGGCGCAUUGAUAUUAAUGAUCAUGUGAAAUUUCAGUUGCGGCGCACGUAAUUAGGCAUCAGUGGUGCUGAAUGAAUGUAGGGGAAACACUGCUGAUACAUAUGAGUCCGAGGUAGAACUGUGUGAGAUAAAAACUAAUGUUUUAUUUUUUUAAGUGUGGCGGCUUUUAUUUAGCCUUGGCGGUGAGCCACGAUCAAUUGCAUGUAAGGGAAACCCUGCUGAUAAAUUUACUCAGAUGCGGCAUAUUCUCUGAAAAAAAGUUCAGAAAAGUCUGAAAAUUAGGGUAUGGAAAAGUAUGGAAUUUUUUUGUUCCAAAUGUGUAUGAACCCUGAAACUUGAUUUGUGUUGCUGACAAAAGGCUUUAUCUGAAGAACAGUGAGUGCUCUGUUCUAUCUGCCCCCUCCUCUCCUGAACUGACAGGUUGUGCUGAAUUCCUCUUUUUCUGACAUCCUUUUUAUAAAUGUUUUGAUUGCACUCAAACUCCCCCCGUUGGUCAGAGAGUGCUCCGGGUUGUGCUGGAUGUAAAGCUUUAAUGUUACCACGUAUUUUUGAUGGUUUUGAUCAAAAACAAGUAAUUCUCCAGUCUCCCCCCUCACAUCACUCAGCUUCUGUAAAAACACAGCUCAGCUGAAAACAAGCUGCUUAGAUUUGUAAUAUAUUGAAAAUUUGCCGUUUUAAAAUGAGUAAAAUCUAAAGAAGGAUGGUGCAGGGAGUUGAAGGCGUGCUGCUGAUGUGAGUGGACAGCAGAAAGUAGCACUAACGUCUUGAACUUUGCUGGCAAAGUUUUCUAAAAGGUCUUCAAAGGUGUGGAAUUUCACUUCAGGAUUACUGAUCAUAAACCCUGAUGCCAAAAACACACAGGAUCGGUAUAGAGUGCGUUCCCUCAGCGUCGCGUCUCUGUUCCUUAAAGCAGCCCUGGGUGUCACAUACAGGAUGCGUAUUUGGAGCGUAGCAGCAGUGUAGUGCAGCCCCGGUUAGCUGGGCUCAGUAUAGAGGGAACAACAUGCUCACAAUAGGUUGUUUUUUCCUUUCUGUGGUCUAUUUCCUGUUAAUUUGGAUAUAAUUCAGUGACUGGUGAGCUCCUACUAUAUGCGAAAAAGCAACGUGAUUUUACAGUAUCAGUUUUUGCAGGUUUACUGGUGUUUAAUAAAGUAAACUAUGUUCCUUUAUGCUUUGCUGUUACCUUGAGACAGAGUUAGCAGUUCAAAGUCCUGUUGGGGUCCACAUGGAUCAGGGAUUGACCAUCCGAUUGUUCUGUAUUACUGAUAAAUUCAUAACCAGGAAGUAUUUUUCAUCUACAUGAACUGGUAACAGUCGAGGGUCCACAUAUGGUGUUUUAUUUUGAAAUGCAGGAUGACAUGCGCAUUUCUUGUGCUUGACAUCCUGUCUAGAACGAUCUUCUCUGUGUGGAUUGACGUGCAUUGAAAGCGUAAAGCAGCAAAAAUAAACUCAUCGUGUAUAUUUAGCAGAGCUGCUCUGCAUACGCUUCUGAGACGGAGCUAAUGCGUGUCCUGUAUGCAAUGCUGCAUUGAUUAGAAUGGCAACCUGUUUGCUGCGUGAUACGCGAUGCUGCCGAUAUGCGCACAAUACGAAUCCUGUAUGUUUUAGCCUUAAUGUGAGUGGUAUUUAGGUUAGUCCUGGAUAUCCACUAAAACUGACUACGUUUUUCUCCAUUUUUCAAUUUAAGCCACAGAACUGUUUAGUGGAUUUAUGUCUUUGCUUUUUUUGAUACAAGCUCCUCUUAAGGUUUAAAUUUAUAUCCAUUGGCCAUGCUUUCAGGUUACAGUUUAAUGCUGUGUCACAAAUGCGUCAACGUCAAACUAGAAAAGUUUGUUUUUAUUCAGCCUUUUGCAGAAUGGCUCUCUUUUCUGUUGGCUCUCCAACACACUGGACAAGAGACUUAUUGUUUGGCUAAAAUAGAUGAAGCAUUCUCAUCCCUCCGUCUGUUUAUAUUUAGUCCAGAGAACAUGGCCCUCACCUACAUUGUGUUUUUUUUUUUUUUUUUCAUUUUUUGUUGUUGUUGCUUUGUUUUCCCUGCCUCUCAGCCUCCUGCUACUGUAUUCAAACCUGACUGAGGUGAGAGCAGCAGGCAGCAGCUGUGUGUGGGAUGUUCCUGUGAUCCAGCAUUGCCUCUCUCUUCUUUCUCACUGCCAGCUGCUCUCAGCUCUCACCUCAUUGAACUGUCAGCCAUCCCUGCAAUCGUUGUGCAACUGCUCCGCCCCCACAACAUGGAGCCUUUCAUGUAUGCUUCUAUAAUGUUGCCCGUAGUUAAUUCUGUCACUUGCUACAUAAUGCGUAGUUACGAAAUAUUAUUUAUAAGCCAGUAUUUGGCUGCACAGAUGUGUAUGUGAACAUAGUGGUUAUAUACAUCCUUUUUGUGUGGAGAAUCCAGUGGACCUUGCUUGAAGUUUCAGUAUUGAGUGCAGAGUGAGAUAUUGAUGAUGUUGUAUCAGAACAAUCUGAGUCAGAUAUCAGGGAAGGAUCACUGAUUGAAUCUAAGGGGGCUUUCACACCUACAUUGUUUGGUCCAGACUUUCGGACUUUUCUUUUUGGGCUGAACCAAAAUGAUAGGUGUGAAAUCUCGCCAGAAUCUUGGUCCAGACCAAACAGCCGCACCUUGGUCCGAACAAAAGAGGUGGUCUUUGUCCGGACCAAACUGAACCACGGUCUGGUUCAUUUCCAGUGUAAAAGCCUUAUUUUGAAAGGUUCAGACCUUCGCACCAAAGACAGGAAAUGACGCGAGGAGUGGAAAUAUCAGUGAUUAUGAUGAAUGGAGAUUGUCCAAUAACAGGAAAUUUUAUAUUGUAGAUAAGGUUACACCUCACUAUUGACAGCUUAGAGAGUUUUACUACACAUACUUUUCUCCGGAGCCGGUGUUGCAAUGACUUGCAGGAUUGCAUCCUUUCUUUUCGUUGUUAAUGAAGUUGUUGUCUAAUGAUCAAAUUCAUGAGACAUCCUCGGACCAGCCUCAUGUACAGCUCCUCAAGUUGUCGCUGUUGGAGGUAGAAAAUCAAAAAUAGUACGACGGUGGGAAUAUUGAUUUCAUCCAUGUUUGCACCAUUCAAGACCUGCGGUUUUUAACGUGUUGACGUCAGACGCCUGCCGACCAAAUGACCUAUCAGUGUAAACUGCAGAGACACACAGAGCACGCACAUGUUAAGUCUGUUGGUCCAUUUGCAAUAAUGACAGCGUGAAACCUAAACGGACCGAACCAAAUGAAAACAAUGUAACAACAACAUGGACCUUGGUUUGGACCUUAGUCUGGACUUUCAGGUGUGAAAACCCAGUAAGUAUUAGUUUUAAGAUGUGGGGAAUAUGUACUAAUUCCACAUGUGUUUGUUGUCCCCUCAAUCCACCAACAGGACAACAGGCAGCUGCUGAAUGAGAGGAUCAAGCUUGAAGGCAUCAUGACCAGAGUGGAAACAUACCUCAAUGAAAACUUAAGGAAGCGUCUUGACCAAGUAGAGCAGGUACGCUGAGCCCUGAAUGUCCCUGAUAACUCUGUAGACCUGUAACAAGUCCAAGUACGGCUUUGCAAACAGAAUGUUGUACUGUCAUGGCGUUUAAGAUGAUGGUAAAAAUACAACUCUUAGUUAUUGUUUUUUUUAUCCUUUUAAUAAAAUUGUACAGCCCUACUUGGAUAACCAGCAAGUUCAGUGUUUAUUCAUGCAGCUGCAAAACAAUUCAAGCUUAUGAAAUGUACCACUGCUCUAAAUGAAGGCUCUUGAAUCUUUUGAUCUAAGUUGUACAACAUAGAUGAGUGACGCUUCAUUUUUUUUUAAUCUGCGCCCUUUUGUUUUUAUGAAGGAGCUGAACGAGCUGCGAGAGACUGAGGGAGGAACAGUGCUUACAGCCACAACAUCUGAGCUGGACGGCAUCAACAAGCGUGUGAAAGACACUCUGUCUCGAUCAGAAGGUAAGCAUUGCACGAAAGAUGCAACUCUUGAGAGGGAGGGAAACCCUGAAGGGUUAGCGGAUCCAGCUGGAAACCAGAAGCGAAGUACAAGGAUUAGCAGUGCUAGUUAAAGAUCUGUAAGGGCCAACAUUUUCUGUCAGUCAGAGAUCUUCUGCAGGGAACUGUUGACUGCCCCCUGUUGACCACCAGCAAAUAGGUCUUGGCCGUCUGUCUGACUCACAGUCUGAACCGCAUGUUUCAUUGCUUUUGUCUUCUUGUUCUGUGAUGAACUUGUCGAGUGCAGACGUCAUCAAGCACUUGUUUUAAUUUUCUUCAAUCUUGCACAUUUGUUGGAGGUGUUACCUUUUAUAGAGAAGACAUUUUAUACUCAGGGCUUUUUUAUGGAGUCUCAUUUCAAAUUUGCAUUUAUGAGUCACAGAACAAUCUCUUAUUCUUUUGUCUUUUUCUUUUAACAAACAACAUGAGGAGAUUGUUGAUGAAGGCUCUGGAGCCAAGUGGAAUAAUUGUGGAUGUUAAUUACAAACAUCUGAAAAUUAAAGUUGUGUCUUUAUUUUAAAGAUUAAGAGUGCCACUCUCUGUGAAGAGUGUUGAGUUAUUGGCCCGUAUGUUUCCACAUCACUGUCAUUCACAAAUGAACCCAUUACUAUUAGCCUCUGUCCUCACCGCCAACUCCUGUGUCUCCUCCAGAUCUAGAUGCUCUGAUCGACAAGAUGGAGGCUGAGAUAAAGGACCACAUAAAGAGCAUGGAGCGCUGGAAGAACAUCGAGAAGGAGCAAAACGAUGCCAUCAACCACGACACGAAGGAGCUGGAGAAGAUGACCAACAGGCAGGGCAUGCUGCUCAAGAAGAAAGAGGAGUGCAUGAAGAAGAUCAGAGAGCUGGGCUCGCUGCCCCAGGAGGCCUUCGAAAAGUACCAGACCCUGACACUGAAACAGGUGUGUGCGCGCCCACACACACACACACACACACACACACACACACACACACACACCUUUCCUGAGUGGAUGGAAUCAAAUUCAUGAGAUCUUUUUCAGGACCAUUCUUCAUAACCUGCUUUUAAGAAAAACUUAUAACCCAUCCCAAAAACUCAUUCUCAAGGCAAGAUUGAAGCCAUGGUCCAUUACAGCCAGCUGCCACUUGGGGGCAGUCCAACAAUUUGUUAAUUGCAGCAUACACAUACCAUCCCUUUAUGUAGAUAGCAUGGUCAAAUGUGUCAUCACAUGGUUAGUUUGUUUUUUUUGUAUAUAUAAAGAGUUAUGCUUUAACCCACUUAGUGUGGGCCACUAGUUUAAAUUAGAAUAGAUAUUUUCUUAGUAUUUUACUGUUUACUCUUUAACAAACUUUUAAUGAAGAUAUUUUUUAAGUCUGACUGCAAACGGAUGGCAUGUGUUCACCUGCGAUAAUCUUUUUCCCAUCCGCUUGAUUGGCAGAAAGAAAGCACAGUUUGUGUUUGUCACAAGUGUCAUUAGCUGACCCUUACUCUGCCGAGAAGUAGGUCAAUGAAAGCCUUCAUACAUGUUCGAAAAAGUAGGUCUGCAAAAGUGAAACCCCAAACAAUGAGCUAAGAGACACUGAAGCACUCCAUGGAGCUGAGGGGCCCUGCAGAAGGGUGAUAAUACUUUGUGGGAUUUUCACUGCUAGCUUUUACAUCACACAUUAGGAAUAGUCAUUUGAGGAACGAAGCAUAAGAUAAUGCAGCUUUGAGCCUUUUGAGGUGUUAAGUGCUGUGGAGGGAAAUAGUUACCGUGUUAGAGGUUAGGAGGGCCUUUCCUGGCCCUUCACGAGUUCUAGUUGUAGCCUUCAAAAACACCCCACGAGGCUUUUCUCACUGUGACACUGGAGACUCAACAAGAGGAGCUGCAACAAUAACUUCUGCUGAAGGUCAGAUCCUCUGUGCAUCCUAUCUUACGGCUGGAGUCAAACUUUUGAGUGGGAACAUUUGUGCACAGAAAUAAACACACAGAUAGACCCAGGGUCUGCAAGACCUGCGGCUGUCCCAUCCCUCCCACUCAGCAGUGACUCAGACCCUCGUCAGUGCCCUGUCUCUGAUUUUUUUCAGCCAGCUCCCUCUGGGUGUGAACUGUGAGCUGAGGGGUCUUGGUUGUGUCUUUCAUAAGUGUCUGAGCAUGUCCUUUGUGUGUGUGUGUGUGUGUGCGUGCGUGUGUGUGUGUGUGAUAUCUCCCCUCCUUGGCAGUGCUGAAAAUAGCCCUCACACUUUCUCAUAAACACUCCACAUAGUUAAUCUUUCUCCACGGGACAUUGCUCAGGGGCAAGACAGUGCCAGUGAUUGCAGAAGUGGAUGAGAGGGUCGUAUAAUAAUGGUACUUGCUCAUGUUUCCUGGGCUAUUAGAGAUCCAGAUGGAUGAAUUUAUAGUUUGAGUGUUGAAGAGUGGAUGUCAUUUCUGAGCCAAGCUGAGCUGGUGCUUAACCAGGUCAUUCAAAAUCAAAAUCAAAAUCAAAAUCAAAAAGCAGUAUUGGGAAGGACACAUGACUUUUCUCUAAUCAAAAGUCAGUCCCUGAAGAUUGUUUAAAAAAAAACCUCUUUUAGAGCAUCUUGUUAUUUUUGGAGGCACUGACAAGGUGCCUGCCUAAAUCCACAUAGCUUAAAGGUCUUCUCUUUCUCUUUUCAAACUCCCACAGCUGUUCAGGAAACUGGAGCAGUGCAACACCGAACUGAAGAAGUACAGUCAUGUCAACAAGAAGGCUCUGGACCAGUUUGUCAACUUCUCUGAGCAGAAGGAAAAGCUGAUCAAACGUCAGGAUGAGUUGGAUCGUGGUUACAAAUCCAUCAUGGAGCUGAUGAACGUACUUGAGCUGCGCAAGUACGAGGCCAUCCAGCUCACCUUCAAACAGGUAUGUCUCUCCUUAGAUUCGUACUGCUGAAAAAGACCAGGUGAACCAUGUGCAGUGCCCAUGAUGCAUCCUUUAUGGAAGGUUGUUUUCUUGUUAAGAAUACCUCGGAGCGACUGCGACUGUAUCAAGACUCUGUUCCCACAUGUACCUCAGUUCAUAUUUCUCGGACAUUGAGGUUGAUUUAGGGGGCAUUCACACCGGGAAUGUUUGGUUCGUUUUAAAAGGACCAUGGUCCCCUUACUCCUUUGGUCUGGGUGGUGUGAAUGGCAAGCAAAUCGUGGUCCAGAUCAAAGAAACGAACCAUGGUCCUCUUGAGAAUGCAGGACUCGGUCUCCCUCCAAACAAACCAUGGCCUGGUCUGCGGCAGGUGUGAACGCAGCGCACCGGACGUUUUAUUUGUCAAUAUAAACAAAAAACACAUUUACACUAUAAUAAAACUGUUCAUUAGCAAAGGACCAAAUGCAACUCACCCACUCUUCUCCAGCAGCCGCUUGUUUGUAGGGGAGCCCUGAUGAGUCGAUCACUGAGUGCAGUGGAAAAUUUACGAUUAUUACUUCAUGGAAAUGCAAUCAGACCAAGAUGCUAAGGCAGAAGAACUACCAUGUCUGCAGUGCACAUACAAGAUACACAAGAACUCUGAUUGCAUUUUCAUGAAGUAAUAAUCAAAACUGUUCUUCCUUGAGCUGCGAAACUCCGCCGCACUCAGUGACCAACUCGUCAGGGCUCCCCUACAAACAAGCGGCUGCUGGAGGACAGUGGGUGAGUUGUGUUUAAUCUUCUUUGCUAAAGAAAUCAGGCAAAGUUAAAAAGAUGUUUAGUGGCUAGUACUGUGGCUGGGACCCUAUAUGUACUGUUGAUGAAGUUAGGUGCUGUUCUGAGCAUUAUUUGUGGCUAUAGAGUGGCUUUUUGGUUGAGGUUUGUGCGUGGAGACAUAGACUGCUGUGUAUUGCUAUAAUGUGGUCGUUACUAAAGUUGGUAUAACGAGAGAUGCAAGCAGUCAGCAACAUUCAUCUCUUGAGAGAGUGUCUAACUUGGUGUUAUGGUAUGUUUAACCCUAAAUUAAACUUGUGCUGGAAUAUCCCUUUAAGGCUGUCAGUUUUUAGUAUGACAAGAAAUGUUCGUGGUGAAAACUACGUCUUUGUAUCAUACAGGCUUUUAGCUGCUCUUUAAGUUAUACCAUGUGAGGGUUUAACUAUGGUCUCUUACAAAAUGGUCUGGAACAGUAGACUUUAAUUUGACCAUUGUUUUCAUUCUAACUGUGAAGAUCUUUGGAGACUUUUUUUUUUCUUUUUCUUGAUUUUUCAAUCUACACUCUGUGAAAUUCAUGAUGUCUAUCCCUGGCUUCACUGUUUGUCUGGUGUCUUCAUUGACUUUGUGUCUUUCAUUGCCAUGUUUCCCCUCAGGUGUCAAAGAACUUCAGUGAGGUUUUCCAGAAACUGGUGCCAGGUGGAAAGGCUACACUGGUGAUGAAGAAGGGGGAUGCUGAAGGCAGCCAGUCUCAGGAUGAGGGUGAGGGGGGCGCUGACAGUGAGAGAGGCUCUGGUUCACAGAGCAGCGUUCCCUCAGUGGACCAGUUCACUGGAGUCGGCAUCAGGGUAAGUCUGUUUAUUUAUUCGUUUGUUCAUCCUAGACUCACUCGUCUUUAAGGAUAGAGAGUAACACGAGCGAAGGACAAUCUCUGGAUUUGUCCAAAACUUUAGAAUUCCUAGUGUGACAAAUACUAAACUAAAAUACUGAGCUGUGGUAAAUAUUACAAUCCUGUUUUUUCAAAGGAGUAAUUUAGCAUCACCAUGUAAUGUAGAUUUUUUUGUAUUGAAAGCAUCAAAAAUGUGAACAUUACCAUGGUAACUAGAAUAUAACCAUGGAAAUAAGAGUCUCUGUUGGGCAUCAGCUGAUGAUGCGGAUAGUAUAUUGAGGAUUUAGCUGAGAAUUGGCUCAGCGAGGAAAAUGAUGUAGUGGAAAAUUUUACAUCAUUUCAUUGUAUUUUAAAAAAGGAGAUGCAUAAGAACCAGCCCUGAUUAGCAAUAAAAUAUAAAAAAGUAGAAAACUGAAAUUUUGAACACCAUCUGUCAGAGUUAACGGUUGAGCAGUUACUCUUACAGCGGUGUGAUGUCGAGGAGGACAUUAAGUUAGACAAAGAACAGAUCCAGAGGGAAAGACACACCAGCAGUGGAGCCAACAUAGCAUUUUUUAUUAAUGAGUCAGUGUCUUGGGUAGUAGUUGGUAAAACAGAACACAAAUCCAGAAAACCAGCCACGAUCAAUUAUUGGUCCACCUCUACUUAAAUGGUCCUCUUUAUCAGAACUUUUGAUAUGACUACUCUCCUCGUGUCGAAAAGCUUUACAACAGUUUUGUCCAGAAACAUCCAAAGUGUGCAUUGCUACACAACUUAGAAACUUCAAGCAUCUCCACGGAGUACACUGAAAGUAGAGUUAGUCAUGCAAUGAGUAAUAACCAAUUUCUCAUCCCACUAAAUAUAUCCGUAUCAUUAUCAAAGCUGUCAUAACAACCCUCAGAAGCAUUCAGGUCAUCUGUUGGAUCGUCUCUCUUCUUCUCAGAAGAAAGAAUCUAAUAAUAAUGAAACCAUUAAGUGUGCAUGUAUAUGUUUCCACCGGGAGUUUUAAUAACCCGGCCUCCCCUCUCCUCUCCUGUGUAGGUGUCAUUCACAGGGAAGCAAGGAGAGAUGAGAGAGAUGCAGCAGCUGUCUGGAGGUCAGAAGUCUCUGGUGGCUUUAGCUCUGAUAUUUGCCAUCCAAAAGUGUGACCCAGCUCCUUUCUACCUGUUUGAUGAGAUUGACCAGGCCCUUGACGCCCAGCACAGGAAAGCUGUCUCAGGUAAAGAGUUGUUUUGAGUAAAUAUAGCGAGAAUAUAUAAACCCAGAACAACAGCCUAAGCAAUCUAGUUUUUAAUCCUUUUUGAGGAUCAUCUUUCAUCCUGAGUGAAUGCAAACAAGAUGUCACCUUUCAAUGUAUCGUAUGGACAUUUCAGACAUGAUUGUGGAGCUGGCAGGUCACGCCCAGUUCAUCACUACAACCUUCAGGCCUGAGCUGCUGGAGUCUGCUGACAAGUUCUACGGUGUCAAAUUCAGAAACAAGGUGAGACUUCCAUCGGGGGCCAGGAUUGAUCCAAAAGAAUUCAAGUCCAAUGAUCUCUAGAGACAGGACUGUGGGCGGGACGUCACAACACACGCACACACACGUGUCCUUUGUUUUCUGUCCGAUGGUUGUGCUGUUAUUUUGAAGAAGACUAAUGAUGUCAAUAAGGAUUAGCGCUGAAGCUGCAUUGCAUUUUAUUCACAGGAAUAGUUUGAAAUCAGUCAUUCGGUCUUUGGAACAACAUGAACUGUCGGGGUCUGCAUGUGUCAGGGAGUUGACAGUCUUUCCUUCAGUGAGGAAUUCGACUUCAGAUUGUGUCCCUUUGACAAGACCAGUGAAGUUUGUGGUGUCUGGUCAGUUUUAGUCAGAUUCUUUCCUCCUGGAUCCAAGGAAAUCCCUGGCAGUAUUUAUCCCAUUGACAGGGUUUACAGAAUCAGAGGAUUUGUUUCCAAUCACAUGUAAAGAGUAAUGGUCCAAUAAAUCCCAAUAUUGUAAGCAUGAUAAAUUAUUUUGUCAUUUUAUAGAUCCUACUUUUGAAAAAAAGCUCGAUCUAAGAAACACAAAAAUUAGCAUAAAAUGAAAUUGAACUGGUACUUUAAUAUACACAGUAAGAGUGGCUUCCCCUCCUAUUAAAUUGGUCAUGUUCCCUAAACAUCAAACAACAAAGUACAAAGUUUGAGAUAAUGUGAGCAAGGAAUUGUUCUUUGUAUCGUUACUGAUAUGGCUUCAUUGGUGGGGAAAAAAACACUAAAUUUGAAGCACUGACAAGUAUGUUCACACUGUCAUUUAAUGUUAUCGUAAAACACUGUGAGAGAGAAGGUCUAGACCACACUGUUUGUUUGAUUAUCUCUAAAACUAAACUUUCAGAUAAGACUCAGUCUGACAGGGAUGUGAUUCUUCAGGAGGGAUCCAAAAUUCAGUCGGUUACUUUCAUUUUUUUACACAAAGUGGUGACCUGAGAGACCAUCAUGAUGACUGGAAAGGUGGAUAAUGCCAAUCACAUCCCUGAUCUUCUUUCAUUUUAAGACACAACCAGCAAAGUAUUUCCAAACAAAAACAUUUUUUUGAGGUACAUCUUAGUAAAAGGUAGAAUCCAGAUUCAUGCUGGGCUUGGAGAGAGGGAUUGAUGGAGAUACAGAAAGAAAAGGAUGGAUCGAGACAGUAAACAACCGCAGCUGAAACAGACUUCAGAAGUUAAGAAGGUGUAAAAUUAAUGUUCGCAUUAAGAACUGUAACGAUCAUUAUAAUAGUUACUCACAUAAUCUGCUCAGUGUUCAUUAGCAUGAAAUCACCAUGUUGUUUGAUGUAAACCUUGUCAACAUAAUUCAGCAUUAACCACAUUUUUGAGUUUCAGUUCAGCUCAGGUUAGUGAUGCCUGCAGUGAUGAGUUCAAAGUCUGAUGAGGUUUGCAUAAACCCACAAACUCGUGACAUGACUGUAAAAAUCAAAUUGUAUUAGACCCCACACCAGAAACCCAGUAAAGGUUUUUCUUUUUUUCCAGUGGUGUUCUCUUGAUUUUCUGAGGUUUCUGAACAUAAAAAUAAGUGUGUGGUUUGAAUGCACUGGUUGAUCAUUAACCCUGUGUGCAUGUGUGCUUUCAGGUCAGCCAUAUUGAUGUGAUCACUGCAGAGCAGGCUAAAGACUUUGUGGAGGAUGACACCACUCAUGGUUAAUGGUCUUCAGUCGGUCUUCAUCUUCCUUGCUCCUCCUCCUCCUCCUCCUCCACCUCCUCUGCCGCCUCUCCAGUGCGCUGUGUAGCCUGAAGCCUUUUUCGUAAAGGUCCAGAGACUGAAGAAUCUUAAAUCUUUCCACCUGCCUUUUUGUUGAAGACCAACAACGCAGUAUCACACAAAGCUUCCCUGCCAUCUCUCAAAAUCUGAAUACAUUGUUUUGUUUUAAUAUAAACAGCCCCAAACCCUGCUACAAAUGACUGAUAUUUACAGUAUCUUGAUGUUAAAAAACAACAUUUGGAGGAUAAUGUUUUCGUGGAGAAUCUGAAAGUAGAUCACAUGAAAAUGUCCUGUUUUGCUAAUUAUCUUCCUGCAUCAGUUGACAGCGUAGUACUUAAACACUGAGACAGUCUUGAUCUGAUUUGCCUGAAAACAUCCUGAAGAAAGCUUUCUUGGUACCCUUUUGUUACUGUAUUGAACUUUUCUUACAAAUGUUUUUGAAAGUGUUUUUUUUUUUUUUAAUAUAAUUUGUAAAAUGGGAAGAGAGGAUGUUCACCUUCAGGACCUUUCCAGAAGCAAAUCAUUUAGUGUACAGUUGAGACUUUUUCACGGGUUGGAUGUAGAUUGAAUUGAAAGCUGAAAUAUUAGCAGAAGUAGGUGGUCUUAAGCUAAUCUUGAUUAAUGUUUUUGUCGCUACCUUUUGGAUUACAGUUAUUGUUCACUCUUGAGGUUCCCGUAUUGUAUUCUCUUUGUACUUAUGAACUUGUACCUCGUGUUAUAACCAGCCACGUGGCUUACUAUGUUUCAAGGUUGUGGUUCCUUUUUACUCCAUUGUGUAAUAUCCUGUUUUUAAGUCAUUUCAGCGUUUGAUUCCAUGGAUUGUAGAUCCACUUUGGAAACACAAACAGUUCCCUUAAAUUUAGCAAAUAUUUCAAGUGUAGAACUGUUUCAUCCAAAACAAUUUGAGUCCUCCUGAAAGGUCUUGUGACCUUGGUAGAAAGCCAAGUUGUUCUUGAGCGGGAUCACAAUUUGGAAGCCAUGUUGUUGUUUUAUUGUUUUCAUACUGAAUCAGUUGUUUGGCAUAAAUCUGAUCAUAUGUUGUACCUAGUGUCAGGUCUGCCUUUUAAAUGUUUUGACUCCUUUUUAUGUAAUUUGAAAAGUUACAAAAAAUAAUAAAAGUUUAAAAAUUAGCUUUUUCAUUA